UCGCUGCCGUGAACGGAUGUCUCAUACGCUGGCGAAGCGUGAAUCAGUUACGACGAACUUUAUGUUACGUCACGUUUGAUAGUGAGGUUCUAGUGGCAUGGUGGUUCAAUGAUUACGUUAAAAUGGUGCGGCGUAAAGAUAAACGCUUUACGCAUCUGUGCGCGGUGUUCGUUUGGCUGUUAACCUGUUUUAACGGACUCAAUGCUGUGAAGAUAGUGAAAGUUGUGGUACCAGAAAUAAUUCAAUACGGUGUACAAGACGCCGUUAUAUUAGACUGUGAUUAUACAUACGGUAAUAAUACUUCAGGGUUAGUAGUGAAAUGGUUCUUCAAGAACAAAGCGAGGCCUGUGUAUCAAUGGAUUGCGUCACAGAAACCUCAGGAUAUGGGAAUAUUGCGAGGUCGAGUCGAUUUGACGUAUCGAGCUUCAAAUGAUCCUUUAAAAAUGCAUAGGGCGCUUCGUAUAGUGAAACCGAACACGGACAUUUCGGGCGACUACACAUGUGUCGUGUCGACAUUUAUGGAGGAAGAUUCAAGGACAAAACAAAUGAUUGUUUUCGUACCGGAGACGAACUUCCGCCUGAUCCAGAACAAGACUGAUGAUGACACUGUGAACGUCAUCUGCGCAGCGGAAGGUGCAUUCCCUGCGCCGAACCUGACACUAGCAACGCCGGAGAGGCGACUAGACGGCGUGUCUCACAGUCUUAAGUUGGUGAAUGGACGGUACUCAGCCGUCGCGUCGGUCACGCUGUUGGAUGCUGAUUUGCCGUCACCAGCGGAGUUCAUUUGCACUUUGCGGAUACCACUCGCAAACUACGCGGUCCGGAAAGAGGCUAUUUACUAUCCAGGACCAAUCAGCACUACCCCCGAGAUGCCGACCGCUGCUGAUAUGCAAUUAGCAGCUGCUGUAGGAUCUAAAGGUUCACAUUUUUAUUCAGCAGUAACCAUGAUUCUGAUGCCUGCUUUAGCUCAAUUAAUUUUAUCAUAAAUAAUAAUAACAAAGAUAUCAAAUCAUUACGAACAGCAUCCUUAACGUUUGUCAUUAAGCCUGCAGUCAACAAUUCAUCAUAAGCAUGAAACUGAACCAGAUCUCUAGUCAUAAUAUCCAAAAUUUCACCAAAAACUCCAACACACUCUAAGUGUGUUCAAACACUUCCUUUCAAUUGAAGUUUAGCUUCUGUGUCUACAUUAAACGCGCUAUCUGUAAUGUUAAGUAAGUAAUUUAGGUAAAAAAAUUGUACAGCUCUAUUACGUGAAUUUUCAUACUUAAAUAUUUUUCUUAAUAAAAAAAAAAUGUUAUAAAUGUAAAUAGCGUUCCCUAUUUAUAUUGAACUGUAAAAAUGAUGUUUGUGUAGAUAGAGUAUUAUGAGGGCCUAAGAUUGGACGUUUUUUAAGUAGACAAUUUAAAUAUAACUACCGUAUUUGUCAAACCGAUACAGAUGACUGGUAUCGGAAUUUGGUCCCAUAUUCAUUAUCAUAAAGAUGAAUUACGAUAAUUUUAACACAUUUUUUUGUGGGACGUAGGACUUUAUAACACGCCCAUAUUUUACUUGCUUAUCUGAACAAUAUAUACGUAAGAAUAUACAGUUUAACGAUUAUAUGACAAUUACUCGAACAAUAGUGAAUAACUUUAUUACGGCGUCGUAUGCACGUGAUCGUUACACAUUGCAUGUUUUAAAGUCAUGCAUAUAUGAUUCUAGGGUAUUAGGAUCUUAUCUGAACAUGUAAUAAUAGCACGAUACUUUGUUUAUUAAACUUCCUUUAUACGCUUACAUGUAACUUCGAGUAUUUCGAUAUUCAAAAUCUUAUCUUUUUUAUAGUUUAUUACGGUAAUAUGUAUUCUUCAGAAAUAAAUAUAACAUAAGCUUAAAUACACUUUUAUAUUAGUUACCAAAGAAUAUUUAGUUAUUAAAUAAUAAUGAAAAUAUUAUGAUCGAGGUUCAAUCUAAUUUGUGAAAAAUUGUGUAUAGGUAUGAAGAGAUCCGUCUCAGGUUUAAAAACGGCAUAAUAUUUAGUCAACAUUGAUACCAACAUACAUUCAACAUAUAAUAAUCUAAACAAAUAUAAAACUUGCAUGUUCUUAAUACUUACAUCAAGCAAACAAAGUAAAACAAGUAUAUUAUAUGUAUGAUUUAAUCUUAAACAUAUUAACAUAGUAACAUAUGUAAUGAUUAAUCGGGAUUGUGUGAAACACAACGUGUCUACUUAAAAAACGUCACUAUUGUUUUUUAGAUAGUAUUUAUGUUAAAUCUAUUUUCACCAAAGGUAUUUAUUAAAACAAAUUCAAUAACGAAUUUCAAAUUCAAUUAUCGGAUGUUAUCAAUUAAAAAUUGUGUACGUAUGUUUAAAGCGCUAAGCCUUACCGUGCUUCGAAUUUGUAUAAUGCACUAUUCCAAAGCUUUUUUUAAUAUGACGAUACCAAAAUUUAAAUUAUACAAUUUAUGUAUAUUGUACUACAUCGUACAGAGUCCGCGAAAUUGAUUCAGUUAAUUCGAGGGUAGAAAGCUCCCUUCAAAGACAGGGUAUCGCGUUUGUUUCAGAUUAAUUUCUUAUAUUAUAAUUAACGAUUCUAUAAUUAUGAAUUUAUGGACAAUAUUACGUAAAUCUAAAUUAAGAUUUCCGCCCUUAUUCGUUAACUGUUAUUAAAAUUGAAUAUUCAUUAUUGUU